AGAGACCGAGAGACAGAGAGAGAGAGAGAGAGAGAGACAGAGAGACAGAGACAGAGAGACAGAGAGAGAGAGAGACAGAGAGAGAGAGAGAGAGAGACAGAGAGAGACAGAGAGAGAGAGAGAGAAAGACAGAGAGAGAGAGAGAGAGACAGAGAGAGAGAGAGAGAGAGAGAGACAGAGAGAGAGAGAGAGAGAGAGAGAGACAGAGAGAGAGAGAGAGAGAGAUACAUAGAGACAGAGAGAACAGAGAGAGAGAGAGAGAGAGAGAGAGACAGAGAGAGACAGAGAGAGACAGGAGACAGAGAGAGACAGAGAGACAGAGAGAGACAGAGAGACAGAGAGAGACAGAGAGAGAGAGAGAGAGAGAGAGACAGAGAGAGAGAGAGAGAGAGAGAGAGAGAGACAGAGAGACAGAGAGACAGAGAGAGACAGAGAGACAGAGAGACAGAGAGAGACAGAGAGACAGAGAGAGACAGAGAGAGAGGAGACAGAGAGAGACAGAGAGAGAGAGAGAGAGAGAGAGAGAGAGAGAGAGAGAGAGACAGAGAGAGAGAGAGAGAGAGAGAGAGAGAGAGAGAGAGACAGAGAGAGAGAGAGAGAGAGAGAGAGAGAGAGAGAGGAGACCACUUAGCAGGAGUCUGA